AUGGAGGAGGGGGAGGAGAAGGAGGGAGACAUGGAGAUGGAGGAGGAGACGGAGAAGGAGAAGGAGGGAGAGAUGGAGGAGGAGAAGGAGAAAGACAUGGAGAUGGAGGAGGAGAGGAGGAAGGAGAAGGAGGGAGAGAGGGAGAUGGAGAUGGAGAGGGAGAAGGAGAAGGCGAGGGAGAUGGAGAUGGAGAAGGAGGAGAAGGAGGUGGAGAAGGAGAUGGAGGAGAAGGAGAAGGCGAGGGAGAUGGAGAAGGAGGAGAAGGAGAGGGAGGUGGAGAAGGAGAUGGAGAAGGAGAAGGAGAAGGCGAGGGAGAUGGAGAUGGAGAAGGAGGAGAAGGAGAGGGAGGUGGAGAAGGAGAUGGAGUUGGAGGAGAUGGAGAGGGAGAAGGAGAAGGCGAGGGAGAUGGAGAUGGAGGAGAAGGAGAGGGAGGUGGAAAAGGAGAUGGAGUUGGAGGAGAUGGAGAGGGAGGAGGAGGAGAGGGAGAAGAAGAAAGAGAUGGAGAAGGAGAAGAAGGGGAGGGAGGUGGAGAAGGAGAUGGAGUUGGAGGAGAUGGAGAGGGAGAAGGAGGAGAGGGAGAAGAAGAAAGAGAUGGAGAAGGAGAUGGAGUUGGAGGAGAUGGAGAAGGAGAAGGCGAGGGAGAUGGAGAUGGAGGAGAAGGAGAGGGAGGUGGAGAAGGAGAUGGAGUUGGAGGAGAUGGAGAGGGAGAAGGAGGAGAGGGAGAAGAAGAAAGAGAUGGAGUUGGAGAAGAAGGAGAUAGAGAAUGAGAAGGAGGAUAGGGAGAAGGAGAGGGAGAAGGAGGAUAUACAAUGCUACCGCUGCAGCCUGGAGCAAACAGAUAACAGGCUACAGCGGGGGCUAAAGAGGCUGGAGGAGGCGGGUGGUGGUGGUGGGUGGGUGGGGGGUGUCUGUGCGAUAGAGGCGAUGGGUACUGGAGCUUUGCCAAAGGACCGUUGA